UACCCAGAGGAUAUGAACUAUAGUGCAGUAUACAUUGAAUCUUAAUGCAGUUCAGAAAAGUAGAACUUGCCGCAAGGGGGCAGACUCCGAAUGUAGCUUCAACAUUUUCCAGCAUCUGUGUACUUUAUGGAGCCUAGCGGCUCUUGCAUCUUGCUAGUUUCGAACAAAAAUUUUCUAUCUCUUGUGGCUUGAAGUACUUCACAUGGUUUGUCCACUGAGUCAAAACAUUGUUUUCUUGCCACUUAUAAAAUAAAUUGAAGACUGCUUAUGUUCAUCUCGUAGGUGAACAUGAAUUAUAUGCAUUAGAAGUUCUAACGUGGCUCUCAAGCUUUAAUUAGCAAACCAACGGAGUAAACUGUACCGUAUUUUUGCUAAUUUCUUUUCUUGGUUGUUUGGGUGAAUUUAUGAUUCGGAGCUUGCUUGGGGAACGAGGCGCCUCCCCCGGUUACCCUUUACGCCUCAAUUACAACUUGAUAGGUCCUCUCAAAAUGAAACUUAUUCCGAUGAAUGCAAUUUUGAUACGCGAAAGAGAGUAAAAAAUGUCACGAGAUGAUAAAAUUUGCACUCAAUUGACUCGCGUAAACAAUUGAGUUUCACUAAUCUGCUUUUAAAAACGAGAAAUAAUGCGACGAAAGCAUGAAUUGACUUCUUUCGUCAUUGAGAAGUGCGACCUAACCACUAAUGUUUUGUUCCAUUUGUGUACCGACUUUCAAUUUGCGCCUUAACUUCUCUCUCUCAUUUCAUGCAACAAUACACAAUUUUUUCUAUGCAUGUCGAUCGCGGAUGAAGCUCUUAAGUCAACUAGGCCCUUAUUGGACCUGUGAACCUGAGACGAAAGAGUGGGAGCAGCGUCGUAUGAACUAACUUUGUCAUUAACUUCAAACAUAAGCAGAAUGGCAGACUCGAGUGGCUGCGGGGCUCUGGAAGGGCUGUCAGACGAGCUCGUCCUACAGGCUUUCAGUAUGGCAGACGAGAGAGGCUACCGUCCAGCGGGGCUUCCUUCUAUGAACGCAAAAAAUUCUGGCACAGCAGACAUGCCUGAUGCCUUAUUCCCAAGAUUGGAUGACUUUACAGCUCCAAGCAACGAAUCUCAGAUGAUGGACCUCACGAACUCCUUGCCUAAACACCAGUCCGUGUCUCUGUCAACGCAAGCUAUCCUGGCAAAGCUCGAGAAUCAUGAUGAGGCGUCAAGACUCCAGCAAAACGUCUCAGGGCCUCAGCAGUCGCACAGGAAGCUCGAGGCUGAAUUUUUUAGUGUAGUCUGCAACAGUGAUGCAUUCGACGAAACACACACCCCAAAUAAUCAAAGUCUAAAUCAAACAUUAGAGCCUACAGACGUUUAUGGACGCGUUACCUGUUACGAUGGCAAGAUUGUCUUGCAGCUGCGUCUCCUGAACCUCAACACGAAUUUCCCCAUCAACGUCAGCGAGUGUUGGCUCUGUCGGAAUAAGGUUCCGAGCGGCACGCCUUUGUACGCCCACAAGCACAUGUUUAGCGGCGUGUUUCAGGUUAGCGAUGAGUACAUUCAUCUUAUUAUUCCAGAGCCUGAAACUGAAUCUGACAAAUCAAUGUUUAACAAUUCUUUUGACAGACCGCCAUCACCUGCAGAUUUCACUAGGCAUCUUUCAGCAACUACGGAUUUGGAUCUCAGAGACGAGCUCGACUCAGAAGAUAAUUUGACGCUUCCUUACAUCGUGCAAGCUUUCGGCCUGGACGACAAAAUCCUCGAGCAGGGCUCAAAUGUGAGCAGCUUUAGUGGUGGCAAAGAAACCCUCUCUGAUGAUCCACCUGAUGUAGAUCCACCGUUGCAUGCUAUGAACAGCGUACGUGACACGAGGUAUGGUGCUAUUUCUUCUGCUGAUAAUGCCGAGACGAGGGCUCUCGGAAAGGACGUGAAUAAGUGGGAGGCGCCCAAACACAUUGAAACUGGAGCCAGGAAGCGCAAAAGUAAGGCUCGAAAGAAGCCUAGCGUCAUUCGAAUGCGUGAUGAUGCGGACAAAGAAGCGUCAUUUUUUACUUCUGAAGCAAGUUCAUCAAAUAAUGAACUUGGUCGCAUCCGAGCCGAAGAUCCCAAUAAAUCGCUGAGAAAAAUUUCACUCUUGAAAUCGAAUACAGGACAAACAGCUGAAUCGACGUGCACAGACUCUACUCUGGUUCAGCAGUCCCAAAAAUUGUUAGACGCUAAUUUCAAAUUGGUUAAGAGAAUCAUUGCUAAAACUGAAAAUGUAACCUGUAAAGUGUGCAAAGCUCGUUUUGGUCGCAAUCUUUCUGGGUACAAACAACACAUGAUAAAUGAACAUUCAUGCCCAGUUAAUUCUUUAUAUGAAUGCCCAGUGUGCCUUAAGAAAUUUUCUAUGCAUAAGUAUUUAGUUGAACAUGUGAAAAUCCAUCUAGGCGUUAAACCUUUCAAGUGCGACAGAUGUGGUACAACUUACGGCCGCGAAGAGACUCUAAAGAGGCACAUUCUAGCACACGAACAGAAAAAGCCGCACAUGUGCAGCAUUUGUCCUAAAGCUUUCUCACGCGCCGAGUAUCUUAAAGCUCACAUCCAGGCGCAUAACAGAGUAAGGUUUUCAUGCAACAAGUGCAACACAGCGUGCUCGUCCAAGUUCAACUUAGAAAUGCACAUGAGGAAACAUUGGGAUGAGAAGCCUUUCGUUUGCGAGCUAUGCAGUAAAUCUUUUCUGAGGAGUGACAAACUCGACACCCACAUGGAGGUUGUUCAUAAGACAAAUAAACCCAAAUGCAAUGUAUGUGGAAAAACAUUCGCGAGGAAAGAUAUUUUGAAACGCCACAUGAGCAGUCAUCAAGAAGCAUCAUUUGAUUGCAGUUAUUGUGCGAAGAGUUUCACUCGUCGUGACCGCUUAUUGUCUCACAAGCGAACACAUGAAAUCAGCCGGGCGCUGAAGUGCUCCAAGUGUCCCGCGUCGUUUAAUCGUCGCGAGUUGUUAAUGAAGCACCAGCAGCUGCACGAAGCCCGAGAACAAUGCCACGUGUGCCAUAAAUUCUUCAAGACAAUGGAAAAGCUGUCAUUACACCUCAAGUGCCACCGGGAUAGAACCAAGGAUCGCCAUUCGUGCGAAAUGUGUGGGAAAACCUUUGUUGGUGCAGACUUACUUCAGAAGCACUUAAGACGGGUACACGGCUGGGUAGCCAUGACCGAAGAAAAGCACAAGGUUUCUUCUGUGCCCGAUCGUAUCAAGUCGUUCGUGUGUGACAUUUGUUCGAAAGCUUUUACGAGAAGCUGUAACCUUCGCGCGCACGUGUUGAAAGUGCACAGCAAGAAGAGUAUCCAGGACGAGCAAGACGACGAAGACGAUCCAGUAGAAUUAGACGGCCUCAACUCAGCGUUAAGCAAGUCUCGCUGCAACCAACGCACGCUGGUUGAUCUCAGUUGCCGGACGAGCAAACACCGGACGAUUGCAGACUCGUAUGUCAUGAGUCAAGGCAGUCCGCUCGGCGUGUCCGCGGCGCACUCGCUCCUCGCUGCGUCCAGCUCUGCCAUCGACACGUCCAUGGAGGGAAGCUCGUGGUAUCCGCGGCCCGACUCGGCCAGCCCUGCACCUCAUCUGCCUAGCAGCUUAUCCCUACCACAGCUCUCAUCACAACAUUCCCCUAUCAACCUCUCCGCUGAGGCCAUCACUGCUGCAGCUUACCUCCUCGCUUAUCCCUCAUACCUCGGGCCUUAUCAGUGAAGAACAUUCCAGAGCACAGCUGGCUGUAAAAAAUCUUAUAAGCUAUCUUGCAAAAAAUUUUUUUCAUCUUUUCU